AUGGGACUGGAACCGGAUACCACCUACGCGUUUCGCGUAGCCGCCACAUCCGCUCGCGGUACAGGAGAGUUUUGUGACGCAGUUCAGGCUACUACCCUGCAGUCAAGUACAGUAGCCGCCACAUCCGCUCGCGGUACGGGAGAGUUUUGUGACGCAGUUCAGGCUACCACCCUGCAGUCAACUCCUACGGGCUCACCUCUUCUGCUCAACGUCACCGCGACUUCUUCAUCAUCUCUGCAUGUGAUCUGGUCAGCACCAAAAUCCGUGCACAAAAUUGUACAGUAUCGUAUUCAAUAUCGUGUUGUGAACUCGGAAAACGGCACUUCGACGGCUGUCAGUUCGAGUUACGAGGAUGACGUUGAUGAUGAGGCUUCUACCACAAAACCACCUGUUGUCUAUAAUGUGCUGGUGAACGCAAGUGAUGUGACAUCUGCAAAUGUGACCGCAUUAGAGCCAUUUACGGUCUAUGAAAUCACAGUAGCUGCAGUGACAGCCUUCGGCUACGGUCCUGACAGCGGUCCAUUACGCAGGAGAACGCUUGAAGAUGGUGAGAAUUAG